UUGACACCCUGCGAAAUUUCGAGUUGUGUGAAGGGUUACCUGUGUAUUUAUAACUGCAAGUGGGAACAAAACAAGCUAAUAUUCGUGUCAAAUCUUUUCGUUUCAACAGGGUGAUUUGUUUCUCGAUGAUCAGCUUUGACAUUAUUUGUCCUUGUUACAGCUAGAGAACUGAAUGACCAAUACUACUGCUUACUUGAAAACCUUAGGCCAACAAGAUGAUGAGCCCUAAACAGAAACAGGGCUAUGUUGGGGACAUCUCGUCAAAAUCUACUGUCGAGUUAAUGGAAUUACUUUCACGCCAAGAAAAAAUACUCUGCAAAACGAAAUUUGUUGAAUCUUUGCCAGACAAGGGAGCAAAAGUAAGAACAUUUUAUGAAAAGCUACAGCAGCUCUUGUCAGUGAGAACACAACAGGCAGAUGGUGGUCAUGUUUUCCCACCCACAGGACAGAUGUCACAAAACCAAGUACAAUCUGUACCCACUGGUCUUCGGGGAGAAAAACAAGAACAGAAAAUGAAUAAUAGUUCAUUAAGUAACAAACUCCAUCAAACCGUGCCUGUUUCAAGUUUUGAAGAUGAAAUGAGGUUACCACAACAGGAACAAAAUUCAAUGUUAACCACGUCUACAACUACGAUGACAACACAGCCCCAAAGUGAUAAUAGUUCUGAAGUGGAAAUGAAAAAUGAUAUAACUGAAAAUAAAAAUCCAAAGACAGUGCACGAUUCUGACCUAGAGGGCUCGCUUAAAAAAAUGCAGAUUUCUGCAGAAGUGUCAGUGAUGGACAGGAUACAGAAGGAGAAAACUACAAAUGCCUACAGCAAGGCAAUCCAGAAUGCCACAGCAAUCCACAUUCCUUCUAAACCAAACAGCGGUCUAAAAAAUACAGAUAUUUCAAACAUGCCAAGAGAAUAUAAAUUCAGGUCAAGAGACCAGAAUUAUGCUCCUCCCGUCCAUGUCACCCCCCGGGCUGUGGAGGAGUCGGCAGCCACACCCCCUCUCUACAAACACAAGGAGAGCAAGCUCAUACCUCUCAAUGAGUCACUUAGCCUACAGAAGACACAAAAGGUCAAACAGGAGGAGCUGCAAGCCAGACAUGCUGCAGAGAAGUUGACCCAAAGACUCGGUGUUACAAUGGAACAAUACAAUCCGGAGGGAGUGGACAUGUCCUACCGAAAUCAGGAACAAGAGGUUGACAGUGAUGAUGAUCUGGAGUGAUGGUGAUCCUCUGACAAGAUUUAGUGCUACACCAUACAACAGUGACACUUUGUGGACAGGAUGUACAAUCAUUGAAGACUUCCUUCAUAUAGAUCUACAAGUCGUAGAAGAUUUCUGUCUCAAAACGCUGUACAACAAUAGCAGACAUCCAUCACAACAACAGCAGACAUCUAUCACAACAAUAGCAGACAUCUAUCACAACAACAGCAGACAUCUAUCACAGCGAACUUUUAACAACAUUGGUCACCUGAUUUUGACACAUUGUGACUGCUGUGUGUAAGUGACUGCUCUAAACAAAGGUGCCUUACUCGAGGGCCAUGUGUAACAUAGUGUGAUAGUAAGACAUUAAUAUGAUAGAUUGGUUCAGCCCAUUGUUUGACCACCUAUAAGAUGACAUUUUGCUGCUCUCAUAAGGAAGGUUUUACAAAUGUAAGGCAUUCCGCUCCAUCACUCAAUGUUUAUUAUUGCAAGUCAAGGAGAACAUUUUCAGAUGAAAAAAUACAUGUAUUAGUACUGGUACUGUUCAUGCAUCAUUACAUUUUUGCUAAGAUGUGAAUUGAAUAGACCAAUUACAUUUAUUGAUCACUAUGGAAAUAAAGUAUUUUUUAU